AUGCCUGCGCCCGUCUCCACCCCUGCCCUCUUCCCGCCGCACUCCCCUGAUGCUCUCCUUGCGUUCCAAUUCUCGUCUUGGUAUCCUCGCUUCGCAGAUCACAGCAUAAAAUCCACCAUAGUCCGACCACUCUCAGCGGCUUUCUGCGAGUAUUUGAAUUCGGACGGCGUAUUUGUCCCAGAAGGCGCGGAAGACCUUCCCGCCGAAAGCACCCUGUCCGAUGACGAGGAUGCCAGCGACGCGGAGGAUGAAGACGAUGAGUUCGUAAAGUUUGCGUUCCCAGAGCUGGACGCGAAGAUCCGCGCAGCCGUGGCGGAAUAUGGCGCGGUGUUCCCCAAGCUCAACUUCUCGUCUCCAAGGGACGCGGCCUGGAUCCUGCCCGCCUCUUCCCCUCUGAAGUGCACGACGCCCGCUGACGUGUACCUGCUUCUAAAAUCCUCCGAUUUCGUCCAACUUGACCUCACCCCGGAGCUCGUUUUCGCCGACUGCGAGCCCGCACGCGCGGCCGCAGAUGAUGCCUCCAGCCCAUACGAGCUCGAGCUCGUCCUCCGCAAAUGGUACCCCGUCGACCGCGCGAGGGAGCUCCGGUGCUUCGUGCGACAGGAGACCCUGAUUGGCAUCUCCCAGCGUGACCCCAACUACUACGACUUCUGGAACGAGCACGAGACGCAGGAGAAGGUCGCGGCGGCGGUCGCCGACUUCUGGGAGACGCACAUCAAGGGCAAGUGGGAGCAGACCCAGGGCGACUACACCUUCGACUUCCUGCUCACGCGUGAUCUCUCGCGCGGGCACAUCGUCGACUUCAACCCGUACCUCCCGCGCACGGACCCGCUGCUGUUCACGUACGAGGAGCUGCACGCGAUUCUGCUCGCGCGCGAGGGGCUCGAGCUGCGCGUCGUGGACUCCCCAGCGCACCCCGCGGCGGCGCGCAAUGCACCCGCGCAUCAGCCCAAUAUGGUGCCGAUUGAGGCGCUGACGAUGAGCAGCGGGCGGGAUGUCGGCGAGUUUGCGGAUGCGUUGCAGGAGGAGAUCCGGAAGAGCAUGGCUGGGGAGGAGGUUGGCGAAGACGCGCGCGCGCCUUCUCCGACAUGA